CGGGGAGAGCAGAGAGGUGAGACUGUUAUUUUGAUGGUGACAACAUUGAAGACUGUAUGUGCAAACCAUCUGACAGAGAACAUAUAUGUCUGUAGGAGCUAGAUUGAAGCUUUGAAAUGUCUGUGGAUGAGGAAACCAUCAAAACUGGCAGUCCUCAAGCCAGUUCAGCGUCAUCACUCCAGUUAUCAGAUUGUACUGGAGGUUAUGCUAAUAUUUCUGCAAUCGUAGAGGAUUCUGUUGCCACACCAGACUUUGCUGCUGCUUGUCCAUAUCCUGAUUCUGCUGCCUCGCCAAAGCACACUAGCACUAUGGAUGCCCUUACUCAGUCUGAACCUGCCAUGCAGAGGGUAAAGGGGAAUGACAAUAACAUUAACCGUAGAAACAGCUUUCAUCAUUCCAAACAACAGCAACAGUCAAGAAUAACAAAGCGUCGCAACACGUCAAGCUUUAGCUUUAAGCACCCAACAUCUGGCAAAAGAAGGCGAAGGGCUAACUCUGAGAGUGACUCUGUCCUGCCUACAAACUUUCUUCUGGGCGGAAAUAUUUUUGACCCACUGAAUCUCAACAGUCUCCUGGAUGAAGAAGUAAACAAAGCUUUGAACGCAGAGACACCUAAAUCCUCCCCACUUCCUGCAAAGAGCCGAGACCCGGUGGAGAUCCUCAUUCCCAGGGACAUUACUGAUCCACUCAACCUGAACAGUGGCAUUGCAGACAGCAGCUUUUUGGUUUCCCCUUACAAAAGUGGAGGCAAAAAGAGACACCGUAACAGGCAUCAUGGAGGUAAUAGUUGCAGUAGUAAUAUUUCAGCUUCACUGCCUGAUUUAGGGAGAAAUGAAGCCAGAACAGGUUCUUGUACACAACAUGGUGAUGCAUUGCCCUCUUCUUCUGUACAAAAUGUCUCCAAAGAGGAUGGAUCCCGAGUAUGCGACUCUCAUGAACACUUAACUGACUGUUCUGGGAGCUGCAAAGAAGAGACGUCUGUGGACGAGUUCAGCUCUUCUGUGACAGGAACAAAUCAGCACACCAGCAAACGCAAAAGAAGGCGCAACUCUGGCAAGAUGGACCCUCCAGUUACCCAUUCUACUCCUGUUGUAAGGUCUGUCAGCACAGGGCCAUCACAAUCUUUUUGCACUCCAAAAGGUGGACCCAAAAGUGGUCACGGGGGUCGCCCACAUCAACAACCACAGAAGCAGAGAAAGAAGUUUCAGUAUGGAAAUUACAACAAGUAUUAUGGCUAUCGUAACCCAGGUGCAAGUGAGGACCUUCGCAUACGUGUUAAACCUGAAUGGUUUAAGGGAAAAGACAUUCUAGAUCUCGGCUGCAAUGCGGGACACCUCACUCUUUAUAUUGCCAAAAUGUUUCAGCCCGCGCACAUAUUAGGCCUGGACAUAGAUGGUGAUCUGGUGUAUGGAGCCCGAAAGAACAUUCGCCAUUAUCUGUCUGAGCUGCAGACUGAAGAGGCCAGGCGAGCAGUUCAGGAGAAAGGGAGUAUUAAAACAGAGGGGAGUGAGGGAGAGCAGAGCCACACAGUCACAGAAAGCACUCACAAUGAAGCUGUGGGAAAGACUGAGAACGGGCAGCUGGUGAGAGCGGAGAGUGGCCCUGCAGAGGCUGUAAAAGACAAUGACAGUCACACAAGUGCAGUCGGCUGCCAGGGACAGGAGCCCCCUGCUGGCCAGCCGGUCAACUCCACUUUCCCUGUGUCACUGCGCAUCUCCAGAGGUCCCAUAGCUGCACCUCCACUGACAGAGGUGACCAGUGCCCAGCCUGGACACUUUCCCUCAAAUGUGUCAUUUGUGAAGGCCAAUUAUGUCUUAGAAAAUGACAGCCUUCUUGUGACUCAGAGGCCAGAGUACGAUGUUAUUCUGUGUCUGAGCGUCACCAAGUGGGUUCACUUGAACUGGGGUGACGAGGGCCUGAAGCGUCUGUUCAAAAGAGCCUACAGACAUCUGCGUCCUGGAGGGCUGUUCAUCCUGGAGCCUCAGCCUUGGGAGUCCUAUGGCCGAAAGAAGAAACUCACUGAAAAUACUUACAGAAAUUACCGCAAUAUCAGCCUGAAACCCGAGCAGUUUACAUCCUAUCUGACUAGUGAGGUGGGAUUCACAAGUUAUGAGUACCUUGGAGCCCCCAAAUCUAUUGUCAAAGGUUUUCAGAGGCCUAUUUACUUGUUCCACAAAUGACUUCUCUGCCUUGAGGACUUGAAUGUGAAGAGGCUUUGUCACCAUCAUACAGUCCAUCCAGCCAAGGCCAAGCCACUACAAACACAUGAGUUAAAUGACUGCACUCAGAAGAUAAAAUUCAUAACAAAAGUGGGACCAUGUGUGCAUGAAGAAGAGAAAGAGAGAGAUUUUGGUGUAAUAUAAAAUGACCGAGACAAGCCGAACAUAGACAUUUGACAAACUGCAAAAGCUUUCUCCUCUUAAGAUUUUGUUGUACUCUGUCAGUGCUGAUAAUGUCAAAACCAGAAUGUCAGGGUAUCUUCACAGCUGUACUGCGUUCUCUUCUUCGUGAUCUUUUGUUUGUAUAACAUUGUCAACAGGUGCGCAGGCUUUUAAUGCCUUUUAAAUUCACCACAAACGGUUAUCCGGUCAUUCUGUCUCAAAUUCACCCAACCUUAGGCUGUACAUUUAAAAAACAAAAUAAUUCAUGUAAACAUGUACAAUAACGAACAAACGUAUUGGAAACAGGUCACAUCUUCUUUAAACACAGCAGAUAAUCAAAUAAUUUCAUUGCUAAGAGAAAGCUGGAAGCCUUGGCUCUUUUGUGGUGCAGGCUGAAGAUAUUAAGUGUGAAAUCCAAGAAGCAUUGACUUCUUACAGUAUCAGUUGCACUUUCUUUGUGAGCUUUGUAUGGUCUAAUAUUGCACUGACUGAUGAUAUUUUUAUAUCUGGAAAUGGAGGCAGUAAUGCAAACAGUUUUGGAUUGCAUUUAGUAAUUUGUCAAAAUAAUAUGACUUUUGGAGGAACUAUGAAAUUACAUUUUAUCAUUUUUAUAAAAUGAAAAGUAAUGACAUUUUAUUAAAUGUAACGGAGCUGUUUGUAUUAAAGCAUUAGAAAGUAUUCCAGAUUCUCCCGCACGUCCUCUUCAAGGACAAAAAGUUCUGGUGUAGUAGUUCUUGUGACUCUUUGUGAUUGUACUGCACAUUUCUGUUGAAAAUGGGGCGAUUGGGUUAAAAGUAUCCUUUGGGUAAAUGAUGGCAUAUGGUAUAUGGUGUAUGCUUUUUAGUGAUCUAUGUAAAUAUGUUGCUUUUCUUUUUUAAGUUUAUAAUUUCUUAUUUCCCAAAAGUAUUUUUUUAUUUUGAGAUUUUCUUGAAAAUUCUAUUCAAGGUAUGAAAAGAGUAUGUGAACAGCAAUUAUAAGUUGUGCUUGUUUUUGUCUGGCAGAUGUUAAGUUAUUAGAUUAGUUCUAUGCGUUUUAUAAAAUGUUUCAAAAAUGUGAUGCGACACACAUUUAACAUAAAAAACUGUUUUAUUACUAUUUUAUGAUGUUUUGUAAAGAAAUUAUACUCUUCCUGCUCAUUUAGUAGAUAAUUUGAAAAUGGCACUAAAUGGCCAUUGUCAUUAUUACAUAAGACAAUCAGAGUCUCAGGCUUAGUACUGAUUUCCAAUGAUCAUCAGUUAAAAGAUUUUGAUUUUGCCUUUUGAAAAUGAUAGUUUCAAAGUUUACUUAGAAAGGAAUAAUCAUUGGUCAGCAUGUCCACAUUUUUGAAACAUUUAUUUUUUGAUGUGUAAAGUUCAAAACACCUUGAGACAGAAAAUUUGAGCAGGUCUGUUAAAAUAGUUGAUAUCAAUUUAAUGUUCAUUUCAUGUAAUCCUUGUUCUGUUGGACAUGGGUUAACAUAUUUUGGGACUUUAUUUGAUUUACUGUCAGUGAAAUUCAUUGUAGAGCUCUUAUAAGGGAGCUAAGAUUACUUACAUUGUUAAAAUUGUUUUUGGAGAUAAAACAUUUUUGCCAUGCUUUCA